AUGCAGCUCACUAUCCUCCAGACUGUCUUUCUCCUCCUGCCAUCCGUGCUAUCAGUAACCAUCUACGUUGCUCCUGCCGGCUCUGACACUGCUGCCGGAACGCUAGCUGCACCGCUGAAGUCUAUUCAAGUUGCGGUUGACAAAGCUGCUGCUGGCGACAUCAUCUACCUUCGUGGCGGCACGUACGCCCUCACGAAGAACAUCCAAAUCAAGAAAUCCGGCACAUCAGCCGCUCCCUACACCCUUAGCGCCUACCAGUCAGAGGUUCCCGUCAUCGAUGGCGAGGCGCUCCCUGGAACGCCUGCACCCGUUGGCGGAAGCAUCGCAGGACCAGACCGUGGCAUCUUGCACGUUGAAAAUGCAAACUACUGGAAGUUUGUCGGUCUGGAAUUGAAGAAUGGACCGUACGGUGUAUAUGCAACAGCCUCCAGCAACAAUGUCUUCGAGCGUCUCGUGACACAUGACAACUAUGAGACGGGUUUCCAGCUCCAGGGUGCGAGCGCAAACAACAAGAUUCUGUAUCUCGACAGCUAUGGAAAUCGCGAUCCCCGCAAGAACGGCGAGAGUGCGGAUGGAAUUGGCAUCAAGGAGGGCAGUGGUGAGGGCAACAUCGUGAAGGGCGCCCGGUUGUGGAACAACGUCGAUGACGGUCUUGACCUAUGGGAGUUCAAGUCCAGGGUCACCAUUGUUGACUCUAUUUCCUGGGGCAACGGAGUUAACCGCUGGAACUUCCCCAACUUUGCGGGCGACGGCAACGGCUACAAGCUCGGAGGCGGUGGUGCAGGAGAGAAAGGCCCCGCAGACCAUGUAGUAACAAAUAAUAUUGCCUUCUCCAAUGCCGCAAAGGGCUUCACCGACAACUCCCAGCCAGGCAACUUUCUCAUCUCCCGCAACACGGCCUGGAACAACAAAGACGUCGGCUUCAACGUCAAGGAUGCCGUGGCUACUCUGUCCAACAAUAUUGCUGCGAGGAACAAGGCCAGCACCAAAAACGCGGACCAGGUCACUUUUGCCGGCCCGCAGAAGUUGAGCGGAAACUCGUGGUCCGGCAGCGCCACUUGGACUGACGCUAGCUUCAAGAGCGUGGAUGUGAGCUUAGUCCAAGGCAAGCGUGGACCCGAUGGAAAAAUUGCUGCUAGCAACUUUCUGCUUCCGGCUAACGGAGCAGCUAUUGGCGCUACUACGCAGUGGUCGUAGAUUUGUCUUGAUAAGGAACAUCGAACGACUGAAAUGACUGAUAUAGAAAUGCUUGCUUUAU